UGGCCAAUCACGUGCGCGCAACACUUUCGCUCAGUCUCCUGAGCAGCGCGAGUAUUUUUGAUGAUCUAAGCGCAGGUGUGCGCUUCUGCAUCUUCAUUUCGCAGAGAUGUCAGUGAUCUAAAACUAUCAAGGAGACCGCCACAAAAAAGGCCAAAAAGAAAACAAAGGAAACUCUCAGACGAGGAAGAUUCUGCAUUAACUUAAAGCUUCUGAUUAGCAGAUAAAAACAUGGAAUCCAGCUUUGGAGAAAUGGACAAAAAUGGAGAGGAUCUCACAGGAAGGAAGAAGUCACGUUUUAAGCAGCUGAAGACACGUCUCUUUGGGAGACUGAAGAAAAAGGAAAACGAAGGGCAGAUUAAACAAAGCCAGUCUGCUAGUGACAUCACUGCUCCAGAGGGCAGAAGGGAAGGCUACGACUCUGAAGAUGAGUUUUCGUUCCCGCAGUGUCUGAGCUCCAGGGCGCUUUCUCACGAUAGCAUCUUCUUUACCGAUCAGACUACAUCCACGGAACCAACCCGGGUUCUUUCACAAGAAAAUGUUCAUGGCAAAAUUAAGGCCUUACAAAUGAAACUACAGCAGCAGAACUUACAUCUAGGUCCUCCUCCAAUGCUGAUUCCCGGUAAACGCAUAGAGGACUCAGGAACCACUUCAGAGGACGAUGGUUUGCCUUGUAGCCCACCUGAGAUGUCCUUCCAUGAGCGAGUCAUGCAUGGAGCAGUUUACAAGUAUCCCGAAUCUCAGAAACAUCUGAGCUCGCUGAGUUUAGCAGGAACAGGAAGUGAAGAAGAGGAACAGGGUGAUCCGUUCCAGCCAUCUUCAAGGCCUCUAUCCCCAGUCUCCAGACCGUCCCCUCAGCCAAUCAUCUCUCCCGUCUCAGCCUCGACCACGCCCACUGCAGGAGUUGACUUCAGCAGCCCUGCAUGUUACAUGCCCAGGUUGGAUAACUCAGCUGCCAGGCAUCGCAUGUCAGUCAAACCAAGGAACCAACGAGCCAGUACAAGGGGAAAACGAGGGCCACAGGUAUCUCUUUCUCCCAGGCAUCGUUCAGAAAGCAUCAGUGAUUUGGAUAAUGUUCUGUCUGAGGAGGAAGAUGAAACCAUAACGUCCACAGAGACUGUGCACCAUUGCUUGUACUCUUCUCCAACUCUGGAGCUAACAGAGAAACCCACCUUUCCAGAACCUACAGAAUCAGCUCCUGAAAAGUCAGCACAGGACCAGGAGGAGAACCCUAACAGAACUGAAAUCAAUUUCCCAUCUCCGGAUGCUGAAAUCCUAAAGUCAGAAGAGUCUCUUGAAACUGAAGUGAGAGGCACCACAAAUCCUCUUUAUUUGCAGCCAGUGACUUUUGGCUUGAUCUCCUCAGGUCCACCAUCACCUUCAGGACUUCCAGAAUCUAUAUCACCAUCAAGAGAAAUAGUGUCAUUAAGAGCCCAUUCACCUAUCCAGAGACAUGAUACAAACGAUAUCCAGAUUGGGAUGAGUGAGAAUCUUGUGCCUGGCUCAGACAAAAAAGAAAGCAUCCAAGAGGAAGCAACAUUUAGACAUCCUGCACCUCUGCCUCACUUAACAAAACCCAAAACAGAUAAAAAGAGCCCUCCGUCCCCAAAAGGACUCGGUGAGGGCCUAACAAAACUUUGGGAAGCUGGAGUAGAAACUGCACCUGAACGGACACUUAAUGCUGGAUCAUCCCAGUUUCUAAUUGCAUCUGCGAAGUAUCGCUCCAAAACAGCCACUGAGACAAAGCAGAUUGAGGGACAUUUGAAACAUUCUCCAGGAAUCAAAACACAAGCCAACAAACCCAAUCCAGAGUUGCAGAAGGAUGAAGUGAGAGAGAUGAAACCAACAGAGUUUCAGAAUUUCCUCCAUCAAACGCAAGAGAGAAAAAGCAGUUUUCGUAGAGAUGUUCCACCUCCCAUUAUGUCCAAACCAAUAACAGCGACUAAUCUCAAGAAGACUGUCGAUACCGCGACAGAACAUGAGGAAACAGAGAAACUAGAGGAACCCGAAGACAGGAAGAAUGCUUUUGGCGUGCAGCUCCGCACAACCUCCAUGUCACUGAAAUAUCGCUCGGAGGUGUCCAAAAUCAAAGAUGAAACCAAACGGUACAGUUUAGAGUCUAACACAGUGACAGAAGUCUCAGAAGAGGAGCAUGCAAAAGCAGAAACCAUCAAGAACACGUGUGAAAGUAAUUCCAAGAGUAAACCGAGUGUUCCCAAAAAAAUAGAUUCACAGAGCCUGGACUUUCCGCUUGCACCCCAAGACAAUGGAAGACCAUCUGUACAAAACACAACAGGAGCGAGUAAAGAGGCUGUGUCUGAGCCGGGUUGGAUGAGUCUAGCCAGGGAGAAGACAAGGGCAUACCAGCCGUUCUUGGGCAGAUUAGGCACAAAUCAGUCACCAGUCCACCCUACAUCUCCAACAGCUCCUCCUGCGCAGCCUCCCAAACCAGCGUUACAGCCUAAAACACAGCUAAUGACCACCUCGCUUCAUCCAAUGAAAACAGCCAGCCUACAGACUUCACAGAGACCUCCGACAAAACCAGUACCUAGUGGAACAAAAGACUGGCAGGACAAAGGCAGAAACAGUGCACCAGAAGAUGACAUGACAAAGAGAGCAGCAAGACCCGUAGCACCUAACAGCAACACAGAAGCACUUACUGUCACAUCUGAGCUUCCAGCAACCUCAUCAUCAUCACCAACAGACCUCUCUCAGCAGCAGCAGCAGCAGCAGCAGUCGAGGUCAGAUGGAGCUCAGCCGUCCUGGAUGGAGCUCGCCAAGAGGAAGUCUUUAGCUUGGAGUGACAAAACUUUAGAAUGAAACAGAGACUUUCAGUGAUGAGCUGAUGAAAUGGUGCAAUACCCAAUGUUACAAUGAAUGAAUGUAAUACUGUGCGUGUUUGUACAGUAAAUGACUGAUUGAGUGUGAGUGACUUUUUUUUCAAAUUAGAAUUUAUUUACAUUAAUAAGAUGCUACUUAGAUUUACACAAAGGUUUGUAAUAUGACACAUGGUUACUGAUCAAGCCUUGUUAUAUGCAUAAUUAUGAAGGAAUAACAUGUAUAUAUGUAGUUCAUCAUCAUUUUUGGAGUAUAUUUAAAGAUUCACAAAUCUGAUACAGUGAUAUAAAACUAUGAAGUUAAACAGUAGAUACUGUGGACCAAGUCAUUGCUUUCCAUAAUAAUAUAUAUUCAUAGUGGCCUAUCAAAAUGCAAUAUUGAACAAACACAUUUGUAAUAUAAACCUGUUUUUAUGAGCAUA